AUGAAUAAAGAUGACAAGAAAAAGAUAAGAGUGGUCCGAGUGCUCUUAAUACGACACGCGAGAACCACACACAACGCUUCAGGGAUCAUUCAAGGACAGUUGGAUACGGAAGUAAACGAAGACGGGGAGGAGGAGAUUAAAAGUUUACGCGCGAAUUUGAUGAAAAUGAUGAGCAACAGUAUUAAUAGGGUAAAAAAUAUAAGGAAGAUAGUGACAUCCGAUUUGCAACGAUGUUUGCACACCGCGCAAGGCAUGAUGAUUGAUGCCUCGCAAAUGAUCGAGGAAAGUUCAAAGUUACGAGAACGUCACGUGGGGGUUUUACAAGGAUGUCCGCGGAAGACGGCGCCGAUGGAGUUCCCGCGCGCCUGGGCGACGUUUUGCGAGAGCAAGACGAAGAGAGGUUUGAGAUGUGCAGGAGAAGGCGGCGAAAGCGUCGAUGAUGUUUUGAGAAGAGUGCGCGAGUGCAUAGAAGAUGCAGUGCGGAGCGUUUUAGAGGAGGAGGAGGAGGAGGAGGAAGAGAGCAGCGGCGACGCGACGAUUGCGGUGGUCACGCACGCCGGCGUGUUGUUGCUCUUGCGCGAAUAUUUAGUCGACGAAGAUUUAAGCGGCGAGAAGAACCGAGGGAUCACACGAGUAAUAGCGAGAGCAAAAGCAACACGAGAUGGAUUCUAG